AGUAGUUGCUAGACGUCGCCCUUUCCUGUGCUCCAAACCGAGGCCAGGUUGACCCCUGUGAUGUCAGCAGGAAACUUACGUGGAGUUAGUCGGAUUCCGAAAUCGCGAUCUGAGUCAUUGAUUCAACAAACUAACAUCUGGAAGACGAUAAAGGUCGGCAUAAUCGAAAAACAGCACCACAAGAUAUAACACUCAAAGCUGCUUCACAGCCGAGAAGUGUUCCUCUCCAUCCUGACAUCCAGAUCCUGUCAUCAUGAAGCUGUAUUCCCUGUCAGUCCUGUAUAAAAGGGAGAGUAAAGUCCACCUCCUGAUGGGAGGAUACGACCUGCAGUCAUUCGGGUACUUCCAGAGAGGAAGUGUGAAAGAGUUCAUGGUGUUCACCAGUCAGAUCAUAGUGGAGCGCUGUAGGGAAGGAAGCAGGUCAACCGUCAAAGAACAAGAGUACAUGUGUCACUGUUACAUCAGAACUGACGGCCUGGGAGGAGUGUUGAUAGCUGACCAUGAGUACCCACAGAGAGUAGCCUUCACACUGCUGAAUAAGGUUCUAGAUGACUUUACACAGAAGGUCCCAGCUCACCUCUGGCCUGAUGGAAACCAAAACACAAUAAACUACACAGAACUAGACGGCUUUUUGGCGAAAUAUCAGAAUCCCAGAGAAGCAGACUCCAUGAUGAAGAUUCAAAGUGAACUGGACGAGACAAAAAUCAUCUUGCACAAGUCCAUAGAAGCUGUGUUGGAGAGAGGAGAAAAGUUGGAUGACCUGGUGGCCAAGUCAGAGGAUCUUAGUGUACAGUCCAAGACCUUCUACAAAACUGCCAAGAAGCAGACCAGUGCUGUGUGAUCCUGUAGGUCAGGUGUGGGGAAUAUUUCAGCUUGCUAGCAGACACAUUUUUCAAACAGUAUGCAUCUGUUUAAUACUUUAGGCACUUACUCACAAAGGCAGACAAAAGAAAGGUCUAAGUAUUUCUUGUCACACAGACAAACCUGGAAAGUUUGUUGCACAGAAAAUGCGUCUUGUGUUGUGCAACUGGACAGACACAACUGCCAUAUGCUUUUUAAUUGUAAGAACUGGCCCCCUUGCCAUAGUGGUAAAUUUGUGUGCUUCACUUUGUAGUAUUGUGAGCGCCAUGAGCAGGUCUAAUCGAAUCUUUUGUGACUCUAAACAGUACAUGUAAUUUUAUCUUAAAAUGGUCAGAAAGUGUCCAGUAUAAGUUGUUCAGCUCUGUUGACAAGUUGACAUGAAUGUUGUAUUUGAGGGGUGGUGCAGCACUAUAAUAACCAUUAAUGUACAUUUGUGAAAAGAGAGAAAAUGAUACAUUAUGUAUGAAUAUCAGAGGCAGACAGUAAAUGUGUGGUGGCUCUUUGUGUAUUGAUGCCCUGGAACCACAUCAUUGAAGCCAAAAAUAUCUACAUAGUACAAAUGUUGUUAAGGAUUGUUAGCUUCUCCACGCACAAAAGUUGUAUUUGUUGUAGCACAUUUUAGCAAGUAGAGGGUUAACAUGUCAAGUACUGAAUAGUGCAACCUUUGUGAUCUUUGUAACACCAUCUUGUAUUUUCAAGUCAUGAAAUAUGUAGACUUAGAUGCACAACUACAGAUAUGAUUAAUACUCCCUCACCAUCAAAAUUACAUAAUUGAGAACCAUCUUAAUGAUUUGAUGUGCAGACAGCUACAUGCUUAAUGGGUAUCGCAAUUGUACCUUCCUGUAUAGUCAUUAUAGUGUCUGUUCCACAGAGCUGUACAGUGAUGUUUGAAAGUAUGAAGGACAUGAAUGGUUAGAGGAGGGAGCUGAUCAUCUGGAUUUUGAAUGGGUAAAUAUGGACAUAAGUUCUGGUAACUAAACUAAACAAUACCAAUGAGUUGCAGAAUGGGCAGAGAAGAGGAGAGAAUGUUUUUAGAUUUCCUCAGCCCACAUUGCUUUUGUGAAAUGUAAAGUACUGCUGUAGUUAUGUCUUGUAAAGGAGAAUGAUGAGUUUUAAAAGUUGGUCAAACAUGGUGGCUUGUGACAUCGUCUACAGCUCAUUUUGCAAUGAAGGGCUGAUCUUUGGAGGUCAGAGGUUAAGUUGUGUCCCUGAUGCCUUUUAUAGUGAGCUAGAAAUCAGAUCACAGGACAAGUGAAUAUGUUGUAAAGCUACAAUAUAGUCUAGCUGUGUGACAAUUGUACAGUUAAGAUAUUAUUUUUGUGAUUAUUGUAAACUUCUACUAUGUAAAGGUUUGCUCAAUGAUGGGGGAAAAUGGCCAAAUUGAUAAGUGGGCCAUCAAAGUCCUAUAUGACAUCGUGUCCGACCCCAUUAAUUCUACCACCAAUGUUAUACUGCAACUAUUUAUUUUGACAAGAUAAUGGUGUAAUAAGAAUAUCAACAGUUUGUGACACAAGAGAAGUUAGUCCACUUUUAGAACAGACAUAAAAAGGAAGCUCUCGUAACUGUUUAAGAGAUUUUUAUCAAACACUCAGUCUACCAUCUUUUCAAUUUUUCACUCAAUACAGUUUCUGUACCAUCUCUUCCAUUUUUACCUGACCUGUUUUUUUACUUAAAUCACUUUCCUUGUUCAGAAUUUCUGAGGGAAAUAUAUGAUCUCUGAUGUUCUUGGGAAUAGAUAGGAUGACUUUCAGAUGAAUGGCUAGUGUUGAAAUGGUUUUACUAAAAAAAUUACUCCAAAAGUGAACACUACAACCUCUUCCAGUAGUGGACUAGCAUUGUGUAUGCAAUAGCCAGCAAAGUGCCGUUAUUUUAGUGUGUCAGUAUUUGUAUUGGGCUGGAAUCACGUCUAUUUUCAUGGAUGGGCCUCGGUCUACUGGGCACCUUCCACUUGUUUGAAGAUGAAGCAAAUAAAUGUUUCUGUAUCACUGA